CAAACCACACCAACGUCUCGGUCUCCGCGCACGCGUAUUAUAUUGGCUGACUGCGCGUUGUACGAUGCGCGUUCGAAAUUCAAAUUUUCAAAUUUAACUUUUUAAAUGGAAUUGCGACUUGAAAGUCCAAAAAUGAAGUUCAUAGUGCUGUGCCUGUGUGCGUGUGCGUUUGCAGUGGCGGGACAAGACAUUGAGAGCAUGCAAAAUAUGCCCAAAUACGACUCGCGAUAUGACUAUUUAGAUGUUGAUGCCAUAUUCAAUAGCAAAAGACUCGUUAUAAAUUAUAUCGAUUGUUUACUGAAUGGACGCAAGUGUACGCCAGAGGGAAAAGUACUUAAAAGACUGCUGCCCGAAGCGCUCCGGACCAAGUGCGUCCGCUGCACGGAGCGGCAGAAGCGGACGGCAGUUAAGAUCAUCAAGCGGCUGAAGGUGGAGUACCCCGCGGAGUGGGCCAAGCUGCAGGCUAAGUGGGACCCCACGGGCGACUUCACCAGAUACUUCGAGGUGUUCCUCGCCAAUGAACAAUUUAAUGCUAUACCUAAUGGUGGUAACGAUCUCCCUGCGCCAACCCUGGCUCCCCGCACCACGACACCGACAACCACAACCGCGGCAACAGCAGCAACUGCGACGACACCUACACCUACCCCACCACGACCGGUUAUACUCAACAGGUUCGGUGAUGAUGGCGACCUGAUUAUGGGGAGCCCGUCGUCGGCGGUGCCGACCCCACGGCCCGUCACCACCCCACGGCCAGUCACCACCACGCGGCCUACCACCACCAUGAGACCAGCUACUGCACCCACCAGGUUCACGCCAGUCUCCUGGGACACUCCCGCCGCUUCCAACAUGAAACCAAUGAUGUCCAGCCCCAACGACGGCAUGAUCACCACGCCUUCCACCAUACUGGACCAAAUCGUCUUAAAAAUAGCCAGGACCACCGACCUUAUAACAGACAUACUGAAGAACACAGUGCGAGCUGUAAUUGGCCGGUAGUUUAAAAAAGUCGUUACCAUAGAGCAAAAUACUGAUAGGUUAUUUCAUAGAUUAGACGUUUGAAAUGCAAAUAAUUUGAAUUCCAAACUUUGAAUUUCGAAUGUUUACGACAAAAGAGUCAUGUCAUCCUUCUUUCGUGCAGUAUCUUUUCAUAACCUCGAUGUUAUUAGAAUGAUGAACGAAUUUCAUUUUUACUCUCUCACUCUUUUUCUCAGAGCUGUCGAGACUUUGUACUCACUCAUACAAUCCAGUCAGUAGCGGCGUUAGGGGGGGCGACGCUAGGUGACCGCCCAGGGCGCCGGAUAAAAAGGGGCGGCGAUGGCAGACAAGAAGGGGCGACGCAGGCUCUCCUGUUUUAGCCCUCCCAGCACCCUGGGCGCCGAAGACAUCUCACCCAGGGCACUGGUAGUGAUAAAACCGGCACUGCAAUCCACUAUUUUUAUACUUGCCUAGUUACUUAAUCUAUGCCGCAAAAUGGCAACGAUACUUUCAACAUAAAAAAUUAUGCUAUAGUCAUGCAUUUGCGGAGUCUUUAUUUUCUUAUCUAACUCUUGUUUAUUAUUCUGGUCAAAAUUUAAAAUGAAAAUUAUUUAAACAAGGUUAUUUUGGUGACGAUGGGAUACUUAUAUGCAGAAAUACUUGUUCAAGGAGUAGGCAAUGACGUCAUAUUUGUAAUAUUGUACUGUCAGGGAAAAUGCAGUUUUAGAGUUUGACGCUGGUCAACCUGCUAAGCAUUUAUUUGCUUAUCAAAUACUUUUAUUUUUGUUUGGACUUUAGAUAAAUUAUCAUCCUUAACUAAGUAGGUAAUAGAAAUAUCCCUUCGUCCUAGCCUAAAUGCCUUUAAAUUUAGUUUAUAAGAAACAUGAGAUUGUUUUUAGUAAUUUAUGAUUAAUUAAGUUUUGUACAAACAUAUUUCUUAGAUAUAAGGCUCUUUAUACCUUUUUAUUAAUUAGUCAAUAAAAUAUUUUACAAAUA